AUGGAUGACGCGCGCAAACAGGAAAUUUUCCAACUGUUUAAAGAGUGUACAAAUGAACCUCUGAAGAACUACUCCAAGGAGGAAACGUUUCUUCAUUAUGUACGCCUGUGUGUAACCAAGUGUGCCAGUUCUGGCAACCCAGACUACGGUCUGCGGUUCAUGUUCAGCAGAAUCUACCAGACACUGCUGAAAACUAUGUAUGGGUUGUCCCUUCCGAAUCCCUCGGACGUGGUGGAUAGGACCGAACCGGUCGAUGAAGCUGACCGCGCAAAUCUCAAAGUUUUGCGGGAGUACUUCGACACGCGCCGGCCUUCCAACAUGGAUGAGUGCUUUCAAAUUUUGUUUACCAAUGGACGCUGUAUCGAUCAGCUGCCAGUCAAUCCGUUUGCGGCCCGCCCACCGUCGAAUCCGUUUGCUUCGAGCAGCGGUGUAGGCCGGGCCCAGCCACAUGAGCAGCCCGCAAUCGACUCGUCUGCUCCUAUUGCUGUGGCCAACCCACCACCGAACGCGUUUGCGGGUGACAGCAGGGUAAGGCAGACACAGUGUUUGUCUACAGUAGCUCGUCUGGAAGCCGAACGUCCAUUGGUAAAUGACGUGAGAAAUUGGCAGGCCAACUUCCGAAACUUGCUGCGAGAUGGAGAUGGGAGGGCCGGCGAGAAAAUAUUUGUUCUGGCUUCGGACCCCCAACUCAACGCAUCUGCCGAGCCUCGAAGCGAUUGA